CUUCCCUUUCAAUGCAAACCCUAAAAAGUACCCAAUUUCUCCAGCUAUAAGUAUAUUGUCUCACUCUCUCUCUAUCUCCAUCGCGAAUCUUCUCUGAUCCAUCAAAUUCACUCUAUCCUCUCUCUCUCUCCGUCUCUCUCUCCAAUUACCGCAAUUCGCUACUUGCGAUUCCCAAUCUCACAGCCAAAGAGUUACGGUUUUUGAAGCUGCUUGUUACCGAACUGAAAAGGAGCCGUUGUGGGGAAGACGAGAAGGAGAAGCAGACAGGUUAUUGUAAAAUUACGGUUUUGCCCUUGUGAUCUCGAAGAGCACAGAUAAAAACGAAUUCUGGAUCCAUGCCAAAGUUGGUGGUUCGCCUUCUCAUUAAACAUUGACCCAUGGAUCCAGAAAGCAAGAAGUUUGGAAGAGGACCAAGAGAGCUGACUGGUGCUGUUGAUCUUAUAAGUCACUUCAAAUUGUUGCCCCACCAUGAAUUUUUCUGCAAGAGGUCACUUCCUUUGUCAAUUGCAGACACACAUUAUCUUCACAAUGUGGUGGGAGACACUGAAAUAAGAAAAGGAGAAGGGAUGCAACUGGAUCAGCUUAUCCAGAAUACCUCCAGAGAUAGUAAUGCACAUAUAGAGCCCUUUGACCUAGAUGUACUUAGGGAGGCCUUCCAACUGAAGGAAACUACUCCUAUAGAUUUGCCUUCUGCAGAGAAGGGGACUCCUACCAUAGCCGGGAAAUCAAAAGUUGAGUCUAAGGACAAGGAUAGGAAGCAUAAAAAACACAAAGAUAGAGAUAAGGAGAAGGAGAAGGAGCACAAGAAACGUAAACACCGUCAUAAAGAUAAAGAUCGAAGUAAAGACAAGGACAAGGAGAAGAAGAAGGAUAGAAGUGGACAUCAUGAUUCUGGUGCUGACCAUUCCAAAAAACACCACGAUAAGAAAAGGAAGCAUGAUGGAGAUGAAGAUCUCAAUGAUGUGCACAAGCACAAAAAAAGUAAGCAUAAGAGCUCAAAGAUUGAUGAAAUUGGUGUGAUCAAGGUAGCGGGCUGAAACAGUUGCGUACUAUAGUUCAUUUUUGUUUGAAGUGGUUGUUGUUGACAGUUUGGAAGGGGUUUUGACUUGAAGUUGUCCAUUGUUUUGAGAGUAGGUUUUGAACUGACUGAAAAUGUGAAGAUGGUGAAUUCACCAGACAAGAGCAUUUGCAUGCCAGGUUGAGAUUUGCUGAAAAUGGAACUUUGUAUCAUAACAAUGGUCUAGUAUAGUUGCUGGUAAUAGGGAAAACUUCCCUUAGUUCUUAUGGUGCAUUGGAUAUUUCCUCGUGUACACAUUAUUGUAAUCAUUUCUCCAUUUUAGGGUAGUCCAAAGCAUAGUUCUAUAACCAGUUUCGUGUAGAAUUACCUGCUUUGAGCUGUAGGAAGAACACGCUUGAGGAUAGAGAUUGUGUAUAUUGAUUAAUUCCUUUCU